AUGCAAGAAAAUGUUCGUCGUAUUUUAAGAGGUGAGACUCAUUAUCAUUAUUUGAGUCACAAGAUUCAAAAUGAAAUGAUACAAGUACUGGCAACUGAGUUGAAAAGCUCGAUAAUUAGUAGAAUUAAAGAAGUAAAAUAUUUUUCAGUCAUACUAGAUUGUACUCUAGAUGCAAGUAAUGAUGAACAGAUGUCUCUUGUUUUAAGAUGUGUGAAUGUUUUAGAAAGUCCAAUAUUUGUUGAUGAGUAUUUUCUAGGAUUCGUAAAAGUUCAUGACACAUCAGGGCUUAGUUUGCUUAAUAAACUUUUAGAUGCGUUGAAUAUUCUUGGACUUGAUGUUGAUAAUAUAAGAGGACAAGGAUAUGACAAUGGAUCUAAUAUGAGAGGAAAGAAUAAAGCUUCUACAAAAAGAUGGAAAGUAUUUAGAGAUCAUGUACCUAGUCUCACUGUUAAGCCAUUAUUAGAAACGCAUUGGGAAAGUCGUGUUGACAGUGUUAAAGUAAUAAGAUUCCAAGCUCCACAAAUAAAAGAAGCUUUAAAUUACUUGGCAGAAAGUAAUGAAGAUGCCAAAACAAGAAGUGAUGCUGAGACUUUAGCAACAUAUAAUAUUCAUAAUUUUGAGUUCUUGGUGAGCAUGGUUAUUUGGUAUGAUUUGUUGUUUGCUGUUAAUAUUGCUAGCAAGAUCCUACAAAAUGAAGUUAUGCAAAUUGAUGUUGCUAUCAAAGAGUUAAAGAUUCUGCUUUCAUUUCUUCAAAAGUAUAGAGAAACUGGUUUUGAGAAUGCUUUGACUAAGGCUACUGAGAUUGCAAGUAUGAUGGAAGUUGAACCUGUGUUUAUUGAAAAACGAAAAGUUUACAGGAAAAAGCAAUUUGAUGAAAGUGUCAAUGAGGGGGUGACACAAUCAGCAGCAGAGUCAUUUAAAAUUGACUAUUUUCUUUGCAUAAUCGAUCAAGCUAUUUCAUCAUUUAAAACCAGGUUCGAGCAAUUUCAGAAUUUCGAGGAGAAUUUUGGACUAUUGUUUGAUUUUGAGAAAUUAAAGUCUGUAGAUGAUGACACUUCGAGGAAUUUUUGUAUCAAUCUUACAAACUUAAUGAAGCAUGGUGAGAUUUCAGACCUUGACAAUGAUGACCUAUACCAAGAGUUAUAUAUGUUGCGUCAAAGUCUACCAAAAGAAACCAAAAGAGCUAAUGAUGUGUUGAGCUAUAUAAAAGAAGUGGAUGGUAGUUAUCCAAAUGCUUGGAUUGCUUAUAGGAUUUUUCUAACUAUUCCGGUCACCGUUGCCCAUACAGAACGGAGUUUUUCCAAAUUGACCUUGAUCAAAUCUUAUCUCCGUUCAACCAUGUCUCCAGAAAGAUUAAGCGGUUUAGCUAUGUUAUCCAUUGAACAUGAUUUAGUUGCAAAACUUGAUUAUGCAAAUUUAAUUAAUACUUUUGCAUCUAAAAAUGCAAGACGUAUAAUAUUUAAGUAA